UUUUCAACAUGGCGGAAAUUAAUACAGCCGAUCUGAAAAUAGGCAUAAAAGAAAUAUUGAAAGAUGCCGACUUGGACACUCUUUCAGCGAAGAAAGUUAGAAAGAUGUUGGAAGUCAAGUUUGAAGCAGAUCUAACAGACAGAAAACAAGAAAUUGAUAAAAUGGUAAUGGAACAAAUAUCACAGACUCAAAAUGGAGAAGAUUCUGAAAGUGAAAGUCCUGCUGCCAAUGGAACAUCAAAGAACAACAGUGCGGAUUCAACAAUGUCUUCAUCAGAUGAUGAUGACAUGGUGCUUGACAAAGGACCAGUCAGAAAGAAAAAAAAAGUUUCAAAGAAAAUAACUGCUGUAAAUGAUGAAGAGUUUGCUAAACAAUUACAACAACAAGAAUUAGGCAGGACAAGAGGCUCAAGAAGACCACCUAAACCCACAAAACCAAAGACACCAAAAGUCAAGUCAGAUAAGAAAAGAAAAAGCACAUAUUCCAAGCCAUGUCAAUUAUCAGCAGAAUUAGCAGCUAUUGUAGGAGCAGAUCAGCUACCCCGCUCUGAUGUUGUGAAAAAAAUGUGGGAAAUAGCAAAAGCAAGAAAUUUGCAGGAUCCUAAAAAUAAACAGUUUAUGUUAUGUGAUGAUGAACUUAAGAAAGUUUUCGGAAGAAGAAGAGUAAGAAUGUUUGGUAUGAUGAAAGAUUUACAUCGUCAUAUUAUAGAUAUGAAAGAUUUAUGAUGAGUAAAAGGUUAAAAUCUUAACUUGUGUGUUUGUGUGAGUGUUUCUGAAAAUAAACAAGAAAUAAGAAGGGAAUGGGAACUGAGAAAUAAGGAUGUGUUCAUAUAGUCCACCAUCAGAAUAAUGCUGAUAUAUACGUAUAUUACUUUUAUUGUCAAUAUUGAAAAUGUCUCGAAUGAUAUUAUGAUAGAUGUCCUUUUGGCUUUUUGCAUAUGUAUUUUCUUUAAAGGGCUUAUUAGGAAUGUUAAUUUAUUCCAUGACAAAACAAAUAAUAAAUCUAUAUUUCGUGUAAUUUCGGUAUUUCUUUAUUUUAAGUUCAAGAUCCCAUCAUCAUAUGUCAGCCAGUAUAUUUGUAAAACAAUCAUACAUUAAGAAAUAAUAUUGGAUCUUAAUAAAUCUGCAGAAAUAAUGCAUAUACUGUAAGUUGUAAAUUUCAGCAUUAAUUCGAUAUAUGGUUAUAUUUCUUAUGAAAAGGAAAAAUAUUUAAAAAUAUAUAAAAUAAACAUGGGGUUUUAGAAUGAUAUAUGUUUAUCGUUAUAUGAGUCAUUUCUCUCAUUUCAUAUACAAAUUUAAUUUGAAACUAUGAGCAUGUAAGCUAAUUGAACUCAAAUUUUGAAAUUCAUUCAAAACUAGAUAACCUACAACCAGAUUAAAUGAAAAUACACAAGAAUAAGUGUAGGUUCUAUGCUACCAUUAAGCAAAUAAUCAAAUUAUUUUAGCUUUUUUUAUUGGUAUAGCACACAGAAGAGUAGUCUUGAUCUGUGGUUGAUAAAUAUAAUGCAUUUUAUGAUUCAAUGCUAGAUUUGUUUAAUAAAUUUUCAUCAAUGUCCCAUGAGAGGCUGUAGGUAUUAAUAGCAAACAAUAAACCAAGUUAUGAAAUAUUCUUUAAAUAUACAGAAACACCACAAUAUAUUACUGUCUUCCACUCCUAUAAAUCACGGUUUCAAUCAGUACCCAGUUUGGCUUGGUAACUUGCUUUCUUUAGUAACAAAACAAGCUACCUUCACCAUGGUAUGUUUGCAAAUAGACCUACAUAAAAUAAUAUAAUGAAAUGAGUAGUCUGGAGGCUCAGUGCGGGGGUGGGGGGAAAGGGGAUUGUAGUUCUCUAGUAAAAUUUUGAAUAGAAUACGUUGCUGAGUUCUAAUCACUAAUCAGUGUUCGAGAUUUUCAGUACCGGGGCACGGGGGAGGUGUAGUUCUCUAGUAAAAUUUUGCAUAGAAUACGUUGCCGAGUGGUAAUAACUAAUCACUAAUGUGCCGCCAUUCUUGUAUCAUGAAAACAUGCUGAAAAUGAUUGAAAGUAAUCACCCUUUCAAGAAAAAUGUAAACUUGCUAAAUCACCUUUGUGGCCCCGAAGGUCAAAAGGUAAAAUUUUCUGUUUUUGCACUAGGAAAAUUUAAAGCAAUAAAUGUCAUUGUAUUCUACGCAAAAUAUUACUAUGGAAAAGUUGGGUCUGGUUUUGUGCCCAUUUGAUUGACCCCCCACCCUAUGUGACCCUAAAAGCAUUGAACCCCCCUGCACUGAGCCUCCGGUCUAAAGGGGAUUAAUCAGUUCUCAGAUUACCAUAUAGAUACCUAACUUUAGUCCCAUUCAAAAGGAACUGAACCAAAGCUGAUACCAAGUCAAACUAUGAGAGGGUUUUUUGUUUUAAAAAUAAUCUUCUGUUUAAAGACUUUAGAAAUGGCCUUGGAAGUCUCUUGUAUGAAAUUUGUUUACAUUUUGUUUAGUACCAAACCGAUAAUGUUUUUAUGUGAAUAUUUUAAAUAUAAUGCAAUAAUGUGAAUAGUUUCCAACUGGUUCAAAUGUGAUGUUAUUUACCUAGUAAUUUUUUAUGUUGAAUCACAUAAAUAUCUGACAUCUUGGGUUUGAAGUUGGUGUUCAGAUCACAAUCUUCUUGACUAAAUAAAUAGCAUGUUUUGGUGUACAGGGUUGUAUGCUAUGAUGAAGUAAUUGCGAGUGGUUUAGAGAAUAUAACAUCAUGAAGUACAUACUGAACUCUUCCUAGCAGAAAAAUUUGAUUGGAUUACUACACAGUAUAAUUAACAGAUAUAAAAAAACAAAAUAAAAUUGUAAUCUUAAUUUUGAUUGUUUUUUUAAACAGUUUGAGCUAAUUUCAUUGAUGUUUUACUUCAAGUUAUUUUUAUUUUAUAACUUUUUUUUGUCUUGUUCUUUAGACAGUGAAACCUGUUUCCAAAAUAAUGUUUUUUAGUUUUUCUGUAAUUCAAAUUAUAUCAUUAUUGUGUGAAGAAAUUCCUUCACCCAUUUGAAAAAACUGUAAUGUUGCUGAUUUUGCCCUAAAAUUAAUUGACAUUUUAAUAAUCUACUCUUCAAAAAAAGUAGGGGAUAUUGAAAUGCAAUACCUAUCCAGGUUGUGAUAUGAUAAAUAGUCAUGGACAUUGGACAUGCUUAGAGUGUGUUCAAAGAGGAAGAACUUAUCGCCCAACAGAACCACUGAGCUGCACAUGCGACACGCAAAAGCGCCAUACACGUGGGAGGGGUUCAUUGUCAAAUGUGACACUUCAAGGAAGGGUUGAUGGAAACUGCCGCGUGCUGGUUUAUCUAUUCAUGUUUGCUUUCCUAUCGGUUCUUGCAUAAGAUUUACUGUUUAGCAUAUCUUUGCUUUAGUGUGUUACGUUUAAUUUGAUCGGGAGACGUGUUUGUCGACGUCAACGUCAACCGACAAUACUGCAAGAAUUGGCCGUGGCACUGCAAGAGGAGUGGGUCAGAUUGCCCCAAAUCGUGAUUGGACGGUUGAUUAGGAGCAUGCCACGACAAAUUGCUGAAUGUCUGAGGAUUGGUGGAGCAAUUACUCAUUAUUAAGACAAAAAUCAUAAACGUCCAUUUUCACUUUUGACGGUUUAUCCCUUUGCGAGUAAAAUGGGGCCGUCAGAUAAGCCGCCCAUAUGAACUGUUUAUGUUCAUGUGUAGGCAGUUGGCCUGUUAUUAACAUACACUGGUUACCUAUAAUAAAAACAGCAGUGCAUUUCCGCAGUUUUGUCUUGUUUCUGAAUAUCCCCUACUUUUUUUGAAGAGUAUAUAUUGUACAUUGCCUUCCUUCUUGGCAACUAUAUGAUUUAUGAUAUAGUAGAUAUGUUAUUCUUACGCAAAUGUUAAGCUUAACAAAAGAUCCAAAUAUUCUGUAAUUGCUUCAAUUAUUUAGCUAGUCAUAAAUAUAUUUUUUAUUCAGUCUUUUUUGUAAUCACAAAUAAACGGUAGCAUUGGCAUUUACAAAUUCUAUAAAUGUACACAAUAAAAAAUACUUCUACAGAGAGUCAUUAUGCCCAGGUAGUGCCACUGAGUGGUAAUGGAAUGGAAUUUCAGAUAGCACCCAGAAUGUUAAUAAUACAUCACAUUUAAUCAAAAAUUAUAUAUAUUAUAUAUGGUAACUGGUUUACAAUAUUUUAUUUUUUUUGUGCUAUUUUUAUAUGUUUAUAGAUGUCUCAAUUGACAGUAGCUACCAAAGUAUAAUCUAGGGUAUAUAUAAUGUACUUAGAUUGUAUAAAUAUUAUAUAGUAUAUACAUGUGUAACUUCAUAGUAUCUGUCUUUAUUACUCCAGGCUAAAAUAUGCUUGGUUGUAUAAUUUGUUUAAUUACAACUCAAUUACUGGUAUCCAUAGCAUUUAUAUUAUAUAAAUGAUAAUAAUACCGGAUGUUUGUAAUGAUUAAUUACAGCCUUCAGUCUUCUAUGAACAUUUACUAUUGCUAGUCAUUGAAAAAUUUAUGAAAAUCUCCAAUUUUAUAUAAUUUUAGACUGGUUAAAUUGUCAGUUAGAUCCUAAGUAACUCCUAAAUUAAUGUUUAUGAAAUAAUUUUACAUGUUGAUUUUAUUUAUACAGCAGAAUAAUUGUUUUGUCAGUUAGAUCCUAAGUAACUCCUAUAUUAAUGUUUAUGAAAUAAUUUUACAUGUUGAUUUUAUUUAUACAGCAGAAUAAUUGUUUUGGCAUUUUUUUUAUGGUAUGAACAAUUUAAUUAAAUUAGUUUUUUUUAAUAUAGUAUGUCCACAAUACUUGUGCAGCAGUCAUAAGCUGUAAUUAAAUGGUUUUGUUUUCCAGUGCGACUGUAGAAAAUGGUAAUGCAAAUAAAGGAUAAAGGAACCUUAAAUAUCUGUAUCUAAAUAUUUAAACAGUUUACUUUCCCUUCAUCGUUAGCUUUAAUGUUAAGUCAAUUUUAAGUCAGAAAAUGUGUCAAUAUAAUAUAUACGACUUUUCUUGUUUCAUUUGAUUAUAUAGUUACCUCCCCUUAGCUAAAGGCAUUUAACAAUCUUCCCGUGAUUCAUUGCCAUACCAGUUUAUAAUCAUUCGAUGGCUUUAUGACAUAUAAGCACGUUUGUAAUCUAUAAUGUAAAUAAUAAUGUAUUUCUUUUAUAUACUGCAUGGUGAAGGUAUAUUUUCUAUGACAAAUCUAUAUUGUUAUAUCUUUGUGAAUGAUAUGUUAUAAAACCAGUGUAUGUAUGAAUGUAUGUCUUUGUAUGAACAAUAUAAAAAGAUUUAGUGACAAUACAGGUAUUAUGUAGGUGCA